CACGCAGCUCUCACCACACCUCAUCUCACCUCAUUUUGACUGAUCCCGAUGGACGCCUCCUCUUUCCCGACACUGGUGGACGAAAUCCUUUUGCAUCUGUCGCGGAACACCCUGCGCACCCUCCGGCUCGUCUCGCAUGACUUGAAGGAGCGCGCGGACCGCCUCCUCUCAGAUCAUGUCCGGCUGCACCUCGGCAACUCGCCCGACGACCCCGUGCUCGCCGGCCCGCUCGGUUUGCAGCCCAAGACCUGGCUUCCAAGGACGAUCCGGGCGCAUGCCGACGCACCUGCAUCUUUCGGCGCACCGGAGAGUGGUGCUGCAGAGAUGGUGAAGCGUGCGCAAGUGGUGGACAUAGUCUGGGGACCGGAUACUCAUUAUCUUGGUUAUCCCGCUAGCUUUGCGCCGCGACACGCGCUCGAGGACGCGAUUGCAGGCGGCGCGCUCUCGGCGCACAGCGUGCGAGUGUACCUCCCUGGCUGGCGGGACAGCUUCACGAACGGGCAAGCGUUGCACAUCCGCGCCGACUUGCCAGACUUGAUCGUCUUCGCCCCAGACGGCAGGGGAGACCUCAACGCGCUUCCGACGAUGCGCCGCGUCUGCCUCGCUGUCGACGGGGGCAUCCACCGUCGCAUCCCUCAUCUCCGGCUCGAGCGGUACGAGGCCGGACCAGACGAAUAUGUCGUACAUCUCCUCGCCGAAGGGAGUUUGCCUGGGCGAGCGAAGCGGGCAGGAAUCCCUGACGCGCGGGAGGAAGUGGGAAUGCUCUUCCGCGACACGCUGGUGGGAGACUUCAUGCUUGCGCUGGACCGGUGGGCGCGUUCUACAGCAGCUCGGGACAUUGAUCUAGGAUGGGGUCCGGAUCCGGAGGUAAACGUGGAAGAAGACGGCGAGUGGCUCAGAUGGCUUGUUGAGUCCGAGGAUGCGUUUAUCCACCCCGCCUUGUCUCGUCGACCAGCGCGAUACACCUUCGUCGGGGGGCAGCGCGCAAUCACCGGCAACUUCGGGCUCCUGAGCGACGCUCCGUCGCUCGACAUUGGGCGGGCAGUCGUGCGUACUAUGCUGCGAUCCAGGUUGGCGAACCACCGCUGGGUGCCCGUGCCGGUCAUUCUUAGACUCGUGAGCGAGCGAGUCCGCUUCCUUGACCCCGAAGAGUAUGCUGCCGAGGUCGGUCCAGAGCAGUUUGCCCUCGAAACUUGUUGGGAUCCAUACGAUGGCUCGGACGCAACGUAUCUUGCCUAGCACUACCUUGCAUCUACCGUCUACAGAAUAGGAAUACACAUACCACUACCACAGCUCACUUGCACCGCUGGUGCACAAUGUUCAUGCCGUGCUCCUCGU